AUGGAUCUAAGACGUACAAUUAUUAUUCUUAUGGCUUUAGCUGCCAUGAUAAAUGUAAUUGGUGUCAUUCAUUGUCAUAUUGAUUAUCCACAUAAUACACCAUUAUCUGCAUAUCGCAUGAGUUAUUCCAUUAUAUUUCCUAUAUUAUUAAGUUUGACUGUUUUUCUUCUGAUCGAGCAAUUGAUUAUUACAGAUGGAACAGUCGCACCGCUCAAUCGUCUUCGAACUAUUUAUGCUUUUGCUGCUGCUAUUGCUCUUUUUGUUUUUGGUAUCGGAGCAGCAAUUGUAGCGAGUCGUUGGUAUGAUUCUUCUUCGCAAGAUGCUUAUCAUCAUAGUAAGAUUGAUUUAAUUUGA